AUGGCAACCCUGAAACUAAAGGAUCAUACCAAGUUGAUAGACAAAUUGACAACAAGUAUACUACUGGAUCCCAACUUUCUAGACCAAAACCUAAAGAACAAUAUAUCCAUCAUCGAUGUAUUGAUCCAAUCAGGUUUAGCCAUCCAACUCUCACAGUUAAAUCUCAAAGUUACUAAGUUGUUCAUUACGCCAUUCUUGUCUAAUGCCAAUAUAAUAGAACCAAUUUUAUUCAACUAUGUGCGAGCGUUAUCAGUGGUUUGCUUUAAUGCUCCAGGAAUAUUGAUCCAAAAUGUUGACCGUAGCGAUAACAAGCACGCUCAAACGGUGAAAACUCCUUAUUUUAAGGCUCUUUUGACCAACUUAGUUAGAUUUUACAGGUUCAAUAAUAAAGAACUUAAUGAUUCCAUAACAGAGCUAAUCAUUCUGAUCAUCACCUUGGUAUCAACUAGAUUAAAAUCUUUCAAAGCAAGAAAGAUAUUGGGUGAUUUCUUAGUGUCAAGCUUGGUAUCUUAUUAUCUCAAUAGAAGUUUUACAAAUAAUAGUAGGGACUCGAGCAUCUCUGAUUUGCUAACAUCUAUCCAUUGCUUUUGUGUGCUAAACAAGUGGAGUGUACAAAAGUCUUUGAUAUUUUCUGGAUCUAUGGAGCUGAAAUUAAGUACCUUUUCUAGAAAAAUAUGGUUCUUAUUGAACGACAUCUCCGCUGGGGCUGAGAUUCAAAAAGUUUUGGAUCAAUAUAAAAUCAUGUUUUUAAAUAGCUGCUUUAACUCAUGCACUAUAUCUGGUGAAUUUCAAGAAUCUUUAAAAGCUAUUGUUUGUUUAGAGUUUGCAAAUGAGGUCUUGCAGAACUUAUCUAGAUCACAAAAUAUGUCUAUAGCAAUUCAAGAGUCAUUGGCUGUGAAUUUACUUGAACUCUAUCUUAAAUGUUUAAAAGAAGACUUGCACAAAUUCUUUUUUGCAAAUUUACACUUGCAUGAGUUGUCAUUGAUUAAAUCUCAACCAGUAUCUAUCAGUGACUCUUUAGUGAAGGUGAUAUACUUGAUGAUUUGCAAUCCUGCUGAGAAACCAAAUACAAAUUUGAAAUCCUCCCUUGAAUCGGAAUUUCAAUCUGUGAGUGGGAGUUUUCCAGAAAACCAGUAUCUUCAUAGUUUGAUGCUGGAAGUGGUAAGCAUUCAUGAAAAUACGAUAAGCAAACAAAAAAUUCAAGAUAUCUUAGACUUGGUUAACGUUAGUGAAUCACACAGAAUAUCAAUUUGUGAUUAUGAUUCUUCCGACUGUCUUACAGAAUGGGUCGAUAAUUUGGCAAGAUUAUUAGAGGAAGACUCCAAUCGUAUUUUCAAGUCCCAACUAACAACAUUGAAGCUAAUACAUUCUGUUGGCAAUUUUUGUUGCUUAUACACAAAACAUUAUGACUUUUCUGAUAACCGUUGUGAAAUAUGUGAAGAAUUAAGUGAUAUGAACUUGAUUUUUAAAAAGAGAAGAAACUUGGCUGAUUUUCCAGUAAUUUCCAAACUUGUUGGAAUAAUUUUGAAAUAUUUUGUCAUAAAUGAGUCCAUAGUACUGAAAGAUGUUCUCACGAUAAAUUUAUUGAUCAGCUUGAGAAAAAUCUUUAUUAAAUUCUCACUUCCAGAUAUUGAUUCGAUUGAUCAACCUUUGUUCAAGUUUGUUUGCAAUUGCAUGUAUUCCAAAAAUAGACACAUAAGGAUUUUUGCAGGAAAAAUUUUUCCAUUAUAUUCUGGAUCCGAUGAUUUUUUGGAAGAUAAUUGGAAAUAUAUUUUUGAAUUUUUGGAUAAGAAAAUGGUUAUUGAUUCUACCAGUUACCUUGCAGAGUCUACGAUCUUGGCGUGGGGUGAAUUGGCAGUCGUGACAGAGGGAGAAUACUUGAAUGUUUUAUUAUCGAAGCUUUUUAAAUUUCUCAGUUCCACGAACUCUUUUUAUUCGUGUGCUGCAUAUACUACGUUGAUUAAUGUUGCCAAUUUAAAAAACAAGACCUGCUGGCAAUUGGUGCACCCGUUUUUACCAAACUUGAGUGUUAUGUUAGUCCAGCAAAUUGUGGAGAAGACUAUAUUUGGCAGCAUAAUACCCGAUUUCUUAGGGGUUUCUAGUAAUGAUAUUUUAUUCAGAACAAUAAAAUACACGGUGCCUUAUUUAUUAACACAUUAUUCAAAGGAUAUCAUCAAGGAAAUUGCCAAAGUUGCUGAUAUGGAAAAGUACAAACUUGUUGAACUUCAAUUGUCAAGAAUUUUAGCUGUGAUGUUGACUUCUGCUGAAUAUCUAAACAUCGAUGAUAAUGAUAAUUCUUUUCUGAUCAACCAGAAUAAGAUUAUGGAUAUUUUGUCUAUUGUGGAUCCAUAUUUUAGACACAAGAAAUUGUCUGACCUUAUUCUGCCAAUGAAUGAUAUCUGGGAAAUUUGUCAAAUGUAUUCCACCAAUGGUAAUCACUCUAUUAAUGACAGCAACUACCAAUUGUUGAAAAAUGCCAUUAUAUUUAUAAUAAAGUUGGAAAAUUCUUCAAGAUACCCAUCAUCUGAUGAAUCUCUGAAGUUCUUUGUUGGAAAUAAGUACAACUUGAGCCAACCAAAUAGUCCAGAGGACGAGAAGAUUUUACAAGAUUGUUUCAAGAGCACGCUAUUAGGGAUUAUAAGAGAAUUAUCAGAUGUUCUCAAGAAUACUAAAGGGAGAACCCCUUAUCUUGAAAAAGUUAAAUCCUUGAGCGCGAUUGAGUUUUUAGUACAAGUUGCUGGGUUGGAAAUUGUUACAGCUUUACCACAAAUUUGUAUUUCUCUUCAGAAGGCUAUUGCCGAUCCACUUCUUGAGCUAAACAGUUUGAGAUGCUGGAAGAUGUUAAUAUUGAACUUGAAGGAUAUACAUUUGAUAACUUGCUUUGAUUUGGUAGUUGCUAUAAUUUUACAACGGUGGAAGUACUUCUCAACAUAUUCGAAAAAAGUUGCCAAGGAUAUCUUGGUGGAGCUUUUUAAUAAGGAGGAUUUGAUCAGGGAAAAAUAUUUCAAUUAUUAUUUUACUUUAUCUUUCAAUUAUGGGUUGGUUGAUGUUUACUACAAAGCUAGCAAGGUCUUGAAAAGCAAGAAAUCUAGUUACAGUGAUGAUAAUGGAUCAAUGGUUUUGAAUCUUUUAUAUGAUAUCUCUAGAAGAUGUGAUAAUGAUAAUAAGUAUGUUGUUCAACAGGCGUUGGUUGACUUGAAAAACUUCUUGUCCCAAUACAAGCUAGAGUUCCAUGCUGUUUUUGUUCUGAAAAAGAAAUUCAUCGAGCAUAUUUCAAAUUUGACCGAUAUUUUAUUGAAUAAUUGCUCCAAAUUCAAGUAUCAACGUGAUUCCAAUGUUGAAGAAUCUUUUAAUAUCCCAAAAGAAUGUGCAUCAUGCUUAGGAAUCAUUGGGUGCUUGGAUCCCGAUGUCUUUGAACAUACGGUGUUGGGGAGGGAAGUUUGCAUGUUCAGCAAUGAAAGGGAACUAUUGCAAUUUAUUCCAAGGUUGUUGAAUAUUUUGGUGAAGGCAUUCUGGGCUUCCGAAGAACCAACGUUCCAAACAAUGUUGGCGUACGGUUUACAAGAAUUUCUCAAGAUUAUAGAUGUGGGAGAUCUAUCAUCAGUUCCAGUUUUCAAUGAUUUGACGAUCUCUACCUUGACCCCAUUAGCGUUUUCAAAAUAUGAGCUUGGUUCUAGCCGGAGUGAAAAAUUGAAAAAAUAUCCAUUAUUCAAGUUGGAGAAAUCACAUGUGGACUGGGUGAAAGAUUUUACCUUGGAUUUGAUUGAAAGAAGUCGCCUUAGUUGUGAAAAUGAUGAUGGGAAAAAAGUCAAUGAAAUCAAAUUCUAUUCAAUUUACAGCACGGUUAUCAAAAAUCAAGAUUUAUCCAUUAGUUUGAUAAUUUUGCCUUAUGUUGUUCUCAAUAUGAUCGUCAAGGAUUAUAAAGAUGCUAGAGAAAUCAUUCUCAAUGAAUUUCUAAUGAUAUUGAACACUGAUUGUGAUGUGGAUACCUAUAGUUUGGAAGUAUCGAAAAAUAUAAGAUUACUUUACCAAACGGUGUUCAGAAUUGUCGAUUACUUGAAUGAAUGGUUAUUUGAUAGAAGACAACGACAGCUGGGAAGCAGAAAAAGUAAACGAACAAUUAUAUUUGGUUGCACAAACGAGGAAGGAAUAAGAAUUGUCGAGCUGUUCUUGACUCAAAUUCCCGAUAUGUUGGUUGCUAAAAGAUCAUCUCAAUGUGCUUCGUAUGAGCGUGCAAUCUUGUACUUGGAGAAAAGUUAUAGACACAUCAAAUCUGACCCACAGAACAAAAAUAAGAAUAAUGAAAAGGAUCUGAUAAUCUCAAAGUUGCAAGAAAUGUAUGAGAAAGUUGAUGAUUAUGAUACAUUAACUGGCUCAUUGAAGCUGUUUUCUACUGCGAAUAUUGAAUCCGCGGUUUCGCAAUUACAGUACGAAGAUAAUUGGAAGUCCAUUUUGAAUGUUUUUGAUGUGAUGUCCGAUGCCGAUUCCAACUACAAUGAUGAAUUAAAUGUCAAGUUCUUGCAAUAUUUAAAUAAGAAGGAAUUGCAUACAGAAGCAUUGUCCAGAGUCAAAAAGUUUGAUGAUAUCUUUUCUAUCGAUAAUAAUCUCACGCUACAAAAUGUUCCCGCAGAAUUAAUGGAAUCAGCGUUACUGGCUAGCACCAUGGUUUGCGACACCGAUAAUUUAAAGAAAUGGAUUUCGAUAGCUGGUAUAUCUCCUCGAAUUAAUGAUAGCGAUUUUCUGAUAACUUUACUCAUAUCCAAAGCGUUAUAUUCCUUGAGGGGAAUGAAUAACGCAUCUUUUACACAUAUUGUUGACAAGUGCCAUAGUACUAUUGCAUCAUUGUUGUCAUUAUCCACAACGUCAUCAUUGACCAGAAACAAGCAACUCCUUGAUAAAUUACAUAUUUUGGAAGAUAUGAAGGAAUUAGUUUCCCUGAAAGAUGAGCGGGGAUAUACAACUAGUAAUGCCGUUUUCAAGUCUAGAGUGGCUAAUGCAGGUUCCGAUUUCGAAUCAUCUUGGCUCAUUUUGACAAUGAGAAAGAAUAGCGAGCAAUUAUUUGACAACAGUUCCAUUCCAGAGGUGUUGAAAACCAAAAAUAUUAGUGACAUUUGGCUUCAACGGUCUAAGCUUGAACUUGAACACAAUAGGCUUGAUCUUGCCUCGAGAUCGGCGACACAAUCAUACAUGUUGUCGAAGAAUAGCGAAGCAGAAUUCCAGUACGCGGAAAUUUUAUGGUCGCAAGGAGAUUUUUCAAAAGCAUUGAAAUUGGCCCAAAGCUUGAAAGAUAAGGAAGGUUUCAGUGUUCAUCAAAAGGCAAAAAUUCAGUUAAAGUAUGCUUAUUGGCUAGAGUCCUCGAAUAAUGCUUUGGGAAGUGAAAUCGUGGAAGAAUUUAGACGUGCCAUCAGACUUGAUAGGCAAUUAGAGGAUCCUUAUUAUUAUAUCGGUAAGUAUUAUACCAAGGUUUUAGAAUCAUGGGAUGCUACUGGCGAGGUGCCAGAACUGCCAGUGGGGUAUUAUGAGUGUGAGAUCAUCCACUACUAUUUGCAAUGUAUUGGUAAAGGCACGAAAUAUUUACAAGAAAUUUUCCCAAAGAUCGUCACCUUAUGGCUUGAUUUUGCGUUGAUUGGACAACAGUCUGAAGAACACAAUGAAAAGUUGAACAUGAUUCAACAAGAAAUCGCCAGCGCUAUUGAAGUUUUACCAAAGUACUACUGGUUUGCAGUGUUCUCUCAGCUAUUAUCAAGGUUGCCAAGUACUAAGGGAAAGACUACAGAGUUAAUUAUCCGGGUUUGUGCUGUAUUGCUUCAAUAUUAUCCACAACAACUGAUCUGGGCUAUUUUUGCCCAAAGUAAUUCUGAAGAUAAAGCGGUGAGGGCCAAUAUUGCUAAAAAAAUCAUUACCAGGUUUGUGAAAUCCGAAUGCAAGUUGACAAGGUACGAGAGUAAUAGGGUGAUUUUUUCUGCGGCGCUGAAAUUUUUACAAACUUUCUACAAGAUGGCAAAAGUUAACAAGAACAAGAACGUAGCAGAAUGCUCAUUGGAAAAUGACUUUGGGUUUGAUCAUACGGUAUUACCUGCUCCAGUAGUGGUUCCAACCAAGGAGAAUUUUGAUAUCUUAUCCAGUACUUGUCCUCUUGAAGCCGGUAAUGACUCAAUAACUAUUGUUAGAUUUGACGAUUAUGUUAAAGUAAUGCCAAGUUUACAGCGACCAAGAAGAAUUAAAAUGACUGGCAGUGAUGGAAAACAUUAUUUAAUCUUGUUUAAAUUGAAUGACGAUUUGCGAAAGGAUGCCAAAUUGAUGGAGUUGACAGGGAUGAUUCACCAUCUUCUUCUGAAUAAUUAUGAGUCCAAGAAGAGAAAACUUCAAAUCAAAACUUUUGCCGUGGUUCCUCUAAACGAAUUAUAUGGUAUUAUUGAAUGGGUUCCCCACCAUGCAACGGUAAGAAGCAUCAUUGACCAAAAAUACUUGAGAAGAGAUUCUUUGAACACAAUUAGGAAGAAAUGGGAACAAAUGACUACCUUACCACAAAAGAUUGCUCAUUUUAAAUACUUGACUAAUUAUUUUGAACCUGUUUUAUAUAAGUGGUUCAUUGAAUUCUUUCCGACCCCCGAUAGUUGGUAUAAUAGUAGAAAUUCUUUUGCCAGAAGUUCAGCAGUGAUGUCCAUGGUUGGUUUUGUUUUGGGUAUUGGUGAUAGGCAUUUUGAAAAUAUCUUGAUAUCUGAAACCAACGGAAGUGUUUUACAUGUUGAUUUUGAUUGUUUAUUUGAAAAAGGUACAACCUUGAAAGUUCCGGAAAGAGUUCCGUUUAGACUCACCAAUAACAUGGUGGAUGCUUGUGGUAUUGUUGGCGUGGAAGGAACCUUCAGAAAAUCUCUGGAGGUCACAAUGCAAUUAUUGAGAAAUAACGAGCCAAUUUUAAUGAAUAUUUUGGAAGCUUUCAUUCAUGAUCCGAUCAUGGACUGGAAAAGUAGCAGACUCGGAUCACCAGCAAGCACUUUAGCAAAGAUUAGAGAUAAGCUAAGAGGAAUUUUAGAAAAAGAGGCGCUACCUAUGAGCAUUUCAGGACAGGUUGAUUAUUUGAUUCGACAAGCAACAUCUGCCGAACUAUUGUGCCAAAUGUAUAUUGGAUGGAUGCCAUUCUGGUGA